UUGGGCUGUCAUAUCCUCUCUCAGGUUUCUCUCUGUCCGAACUUGUGUGAUUUCACCCUUAUUGUACCAGUGUACGCCAAUUCAAAAUUUGGGAUGGAAAAAGAACAGACCUAAAGAAAGGAGGAGCAAGGAGGAACACGUUGAUCCGCGUCUUUGGGUUACGCCAACGCGCAAAAUCCAGAGCAGGGAAAAUCUCACCUGUUUUCACGGUGCAUACCAACGUCGGUCUGCCUGUCUCGUUUAUUAAGGAAUACGGCCAUGGCGUCGUCUGAUCAACCGAUCAACGUUGUUCCAGACUUGGCGACUAACGUUACAGAAACACCGGAGAGCACAAAAGAAUUGGCAGAAUCAAAAAAGAAAGUUGCUAAUCAACAUUAUUCACAAAAACAGUACAAGAAAGCAUUGGUUGGUUACAAUGAAGUUAUUGCAUUGUGUCCUGAUAUAUCGCAUUACUACAGUAAUAGAGCAGCAUGUUACAUGAUGCUUGGGCAAUACCGAGAUGCACUAGCAGAUGCUAAAAAAUGUAUUGAACUGGAACCAACAUUUUCUAAAGCAUAUAUAAGAAUGAUCAAGUGUUGCUUGAUUUUGGGAGACAUUUUAGAAGCUGAGACAUCAUUAAAGAAAUUGAUGGACUUUGAUUCUAAUAACGAGUCAAUAGCUGCAGAACAAAAAGACAUAGCAUAUGUAAAAAAAUUCCUUAAGGAUGCUGAUGCUGCUUACAAUGCCAAGGAUUAUCGCAUGGUUGUAUAUUGUAUGGAUCGUUGUUGUGAUAUAAGUACAUCUGGAACACGGUUUAAAUUGAUCAAAGCAGAAUGUCUGGCGCUUUUAGGAAGAUAUCAGGAAGCUCAAGAUAUUGCAAAUAAUGCUUUACACAUCGAUAAACAGAACGCUGAAGCGUUAUACAUUCGUGGAAUGUGUUUGUACUUUCAAGACGAUGUUGAUAGAGCUUUUACACAUUUCCAACAAGUACUGCGUCUUGCACCAGAUCAUGAUAAAGCAUUGGAAAUAUACAAAAGAGCAAAAUGUUUGAAGAAGAAAAAAGAAGAAGGAAAUGCAGCAUUUAAAAGAGAACAGUAUCAAGAGGCUUAUAAUCUUUAUAAUGAAGCCUUAACUAUUGAUCCACACAACAUUAUGACUAAUGCUAAGUUGCAUUUUAAUAAGGCGACAGCUGCAGCUAAGUUAGGAAAGUUAAAUGAAUCUGUAGCAGAAUACACAAAAGCUUUAAAUCUCAAUGAAAAUUAUCUAAAAGCUCUUUCGAAAAGAGCGAAUAUUUAUAUGGAACUUGAAGAAUAUGAAGAGGCAGUUUAUGAUCUUGAAAAAGCGUGUAAAAUGGAUAAAACUAAUCGCGAAACGAAACGAUUACUCGGAAAAGCUAAAUUGCUAUUGAGGAAAUCUAAAAGAAAAGAUUAUUAUAAGAUUUUAGGUAUUGACAAAAAUGCAUCUACCGAAGAUAUUAAGAAAGCUUAUAGGAAACGGGCUCUGGAUCACCAUCCAGAUCGUCAUGUUAACGCCAGUGAAGGGGAGAAAAGAGAACAAGAAAAAAAGUUUAAGGAAGUCGGAGAAGCUUAUGGAAUUCUCUCGGACCCCAAGAAACGAUCUCGCUAUGAUCGCGGUCAUGAUUUAGAUGAUAACGAGGGUGGUUUCCAAGAUAUGGAUCCAAAUCAAAUGUUCCACUUCUUCUGUGGUCAAGAUGGAGGCUUCCAAUUCCAAUUUCAAGAUGGAGGUUUCCCCAGUAGUGCUUUUCAGUUCCAGUUUCCAGGUUAACGAUAUUUUAAAAAAUAUGAUACAAUGUAUCCAACUGUAUAUGGAAUUCGAUGGUAUGAUAUUCGUCUGUUUUUAGUAAAUACUGCAUCGAAUUAUUCGAAUACUUAAGCUCACGAUGCAUCAUAGUAUCAUUUGCAUUUCGUAAUUUUGAAAUUGAUAAAUAUAGGUAUUUAUCUGAGCGCGCGAUUAACACACAUAUUUAUUUAAAUACGACAUAAUCCCUACAUCACAAAAGUUGCAGCAACACUACUGUACCAUUGCAGCAAUAUUGCAGAGAUUUCGCAGCGAUAUUGCUGCAAAUUCUGUGCUAUAUGGGAAACUUGUAUAUAUAACAUAAUUCUAAUAUAUAUCAUGAUACGGUAGAUCUUCGAUUUAAUGAAUUGAUUAAGUGAAAAAAACAUUAAGGUUAACGUCGUACAACACGCAAUUUCGAGAUUUGAGACACACUCGUACCUGACGAAACCUUUGUGAAUAGAUAAGCAAAUGUUCAUUAGAUUAAUAGAUGAAGCAUUCUUUUA